AUGACCAAACCAUUGUCCAACUCACCCAAGCAGAACAAACCUCCCGAUCCUAUCAUGACAUCAACAAGUAGUUUGUCAAAGAGCUCGUUGGCUUCCUCAGCUGCUUCGUUGUCGCCUUCUACAUCUAUACUACUAUCCGCAGUUGCGAAUCGUACUGCCGUGCCUACAGGUAGCAGCAGCAGCAGCAGCAGCAGGAACAACAGCUAUAGAAAAGGACAGCCCCCCGUCAUUCCGCUUUCUUCAUCGUCUUCUAUUUCAACUAGCAGCAGCAGCAACAGAAAUGCCAAAUUAGAGUCCAUCAUUCAGAACUUUUAUACCAAAACAGCCCAAAUUAUUAUACAAUCAAGGAUACCAAAUAUGAAAAACACAUCAGGGAAAAAGAAGCUAAACAAAUGGUUCAAUAUAACGACAAGCGAUAACGAAAAACUCAAGGAAGAGCUCAAAUUCUGGAAAUCAUUGGUCAAAUACCAGCAAGAAGAAGAGGAGCCGCCGCCACUUGUCAUUGAUAUCUACUUGGAAACCACAGAGCCUGAUUUGCUGCAGGAAGGUGAUGAUGUUUAUGGUUGGCGCAAGUUGGAUUUGGGAAUACAGCAAAACGAUGUACAGCGUAUUCUGGUUGAAUCAUGGACUCUAUCGCUAAAUCAUCCUCUGCCUGAUUAUCCCGUUGACUUGCCAAAUUUGUACAAGAGAUCCAUCGUAUUCUUUAGAUCACUGCAUUCAUUGGUGAGAGUAUUGCCCAGCUAUAGCUUGUAUCAGCGGUUGAAACUGCAUAAUGGAGAGAUUUCAUUAGGAUACAGAUUAUCGACAAAUCACUUCAACAGAAAGGACGAAAUAUCACUUGAUCAUGCUCUCACAAGCGUCGAUACGAUUCAGCUGUAUGAAUUCAGCGAUAUUUCAACACCUUUGGGUACAUUCAAACUGAAGCUGUUAUUCCGAGAGCAUUGCAAAUUUGAUACAAAAGAGGAUUCACCAUUGCAUGGUAUAGAUGUGGAGGAGAACUUCUUUACGCCAACCAUGACCAAGUACAGAAUGGAAAAGAGCAGAGAGAAGACAAUGCCCUCACCACCUCCGCCACCAGUGCCUGUAUUCCCUACAGCUUCUAGUGUUACCUCUGCCAAAAGUAGACUGCAAUCUCAGCGAAGCACAUCAGCGGCAGCAUCAGCUAGUAUAUCGAGCCGUAGCAACCACUAUCCAAUGACUUCGAUAUCGUCUACCACAGCAUCCGGCACCAACACCCAUACAUCUCAACUGGAGAGACGCAUAUCUGCGCCAUUGGUAUCACCAUUUAAGUCGCCUUCGUUAUCAUCAUCACCCCAAAAGGAGCUCAUGUUUACAUCUUCUAACCAUUCUCGCUCAGACACGCCUGAAAGACCCAUCAGACCUGAAAGUGGAUCAUUUGGACGAAAGCCUGAAUUCUCUUCUAGUUUUGAAAAGUUCUUCUCAAAGGGUAAUACGCACAGUGGAAGCAGCAAUGCUAGUGCGAGUAGCAGCAUCCAUCACCAUAUGCAUCGGGUGGGAUCUUCCAAUAAUGUCGCAGCAGGUGAUACAAUGACUGAGAUCAGUAUGACAAGGAGAUGGUCAAGAACAAGUGAUCAUAGCUCCAUCAAUCUGGAAUCUGAGGAAGACGAGGAGGAUUUGGAAGAGUUUAUGAGGUUUAUUGCUGCUAAACAGGAGCUCAAAUUGUUUCAACAGCAAACAUCUCAGCCAAGCUUCACUGCUGCUGCCAGUGCGGCGAACGAUACCAGCAUAUCAGCAGCACAUGAGCAAGCAGAAAAGGGUGGAGCAAUGAAACCCUUAUCUCAUUUCAAGAACAUUCAGGAAACACAUACUAUUCUGUCUGAUUCAAUGAUAUUGAGCCAGCCGCAACUAAAGCAGCAAACCCAACAACAGCAGCAACAUCAAGCGAAUUAUUCGUACGAAUCUUCAUCAUCAUCUUCGCUUACCAAAGGAUUGAAUCUUCCAGCUAUACCAUCACCACUUCAUGCGACAGAAUCUGCGAUUCAUCCUAUUGCUAACGCAACAGCCCAUACCAGAGCUGUUCGUCAUAAUGAUACCUCCUUCAACAGACAUUCUGCAGCAGAGGUAGUGACAUUCUCACCCCUCAAGAACAGACAAGCGCCACCACCACCUCCACCGCCUAAAAUGCCUGUUCGCCAACACUGUACCAGUAGCAGUGGCGGCGCUUUGGAUGACGAUGAUUCUCUUGUGUUCAAGAUGAGUGAACUGAGCGGAUACGAUGAAAACGCACCCAGCAGUGGCCAUGAUAGCAGUUUUUACUAUGGCAGUAAUCGAGGUGACUAUCUUCAGAGACUCAAGAUGGCAGCAGCAUUGAAUGAUGAUGAUAAUGCUGUUUCCAACAGAAUGAAAAGAGCUGUGAGUACAGGAGGUACGCCCAACAGUAUCAUGAAUACAGCAACAGCAGCAGUGUUGCUUGAUAGUAGCGAAAGUAGCUCCAAGAGCGAUCCAGCAGGUUCCAUCAGUAACAAGUUCAAAACCACGCAGCAAGAUCAAGGUGCUAAAAUGACUCGUCGUUUCUUUUAUGAUGGAUCAUAA